UCGUUUUUUUUGUUGUUUAACUUGUGUGAUUUUUUCAGAAGUAUGGUGAAAUCAAUCCAACUCAACCAUCCGGAAUAUAUCGAGGACAUAAUCGCUUGGUUGAAGAAAAGGGAACUACUAACUCCAGAAUUUAAAAGGCAGUCUCCACAGCUAUCGAGAAGGCGAGUUCUGGUAGACUGGACUAGUAAGGUUGCUGAAAAGCUGCAGUUAACCAACUGCACUGUGCACCUUGCAGUCAAAAUUGUUGACUACUUCAUGGACGGCCAUGAUAUACAGAAUCCCCAGCUGUUCUUGGUUUGUCUAGGCUCUCUUCUUUUGGCUGCAAAGUUUGAGGAGAAGGACACAAAUGUUCCCAAAUGCUCGGAAUUGAAUGCGUUUACAAAGAAUCGUUUCCCAUUAUCAGACUUCAUAUCUCUCGAAAUCGUGAUUUUGAAAUACUUCAAGUGGAAUCUUUGCCUGCCUACUGCUUGUUAUUUUACAGAGAUGUGGACCUCCUAUGCCUGCCUGCCUACUGAUCACCAUAACAAUGGUCCAAUAGUCAGUUUCAGGGAGGCUAAGGCAUAUUUUUACCAAUAUGUCAAAUAUUUCCUGGACUUGGCAAUGCAGGAGGAAGUAUUUAUAGAUGCCAGGCCCAGUCUGCUUGCCUCCUCACUACUGCUUUCUGCUCGAAUAGCUUUUGGUCUCACUCCAAAGUGGCCAAAAUCUCUUGAAGAGAUUACAGGAUAUUCUAAGAUAGCUGCUGAACCCUACACAGAAAUUCUCAUCAAGACAUUCAUGAAGGAUUCUGUUGAGGAGACUGACGUAUCCAUGGAGGAUGAUGGAUAUCAGUCAUUGAAUACUAGCCCAGUUGGAAAGGUUACUGAGUUCUUGGAGUGCUCAGAGGUGAUGGAGGUCAUUUUUAACUAACAAGAAGAUUCUUCAGAAGCUGUUGGACUUUUACCAUGAUUACAGCGUUAAAUACAUUAGAUAAAGUCAAAUUAUCAAAUUUUGUAUGUUAAUGCUUAAUUGCGAAUUCGCCAUUUUUUCUCUGCAUCCCCUGGCAUUUCCUUUUUAAAUUUAAAUUGUUAAAGUCAAGUUUACUUUAACAUAUCUUUUUUAAUCUUUAUUCAUUGUAUUUGUAUACUAUUCAAAUGCCAUGAUGCUUAAAAUUGGUAAAGAAGUCAUAAUCAAAUACCAUAUUGAAAAGCGUUAAAGUCAAGUCUUCAACAUUUAAUCUUUAUUCAAUGUAGUACACACUGUUUAAACUCUUCAUGAUGCUGAACGUUGAUAAAAUUUAUUGUCAAUUACCAAAUCAUUUUAUCUUUCUUUUUCAAGAAAAAUGUUACAUUAUGUGUUAAAACAGUUUUUUUCUGUCUUUUUUGUAAUAAUUGUAAUACCUUUUUAUGUAAUUCUCAAACUUUUCAAGGUUUUGAAAAAUGGAAGAUAUUCUUCCUUGGAUGGUAUAAAUAUGUGUAUCCUUUGAACGUCAAUUUUUUCA